AUGCAGCUCACUUGGUUUUCCGUCGUUGUUAUUGCGUCUUUCGUUGCAUCCGCAGUCCGAGCUGCCCCCAAUGUGAAGGAGGCCUGUGGGACAGAUGGAGAAGUCAUAAGCACCAAUACCUUUGUUCACAAUGAAAAGGAAUAUUCAGUCACCACUCGCUCCUGCCCCGGGUUUGCUUCCUUGCGGGGUAACGUGACAGAUACACAAUCGAUUGCCGGGCGCGCUGCGAUGCCCAAGCAGAAGCGACAGCUUGUCAACUGCAAUAUAGACUGCUCUGUAGAGUGUGAGGACAUCGCCGAUCAAGCCACAGAGAAUGCCUGUUACGUGCUUUCGGAAGCUGUUCAAGCUCAGGAUCCCGAUUACUUCAUCGCACCGGCACAGACACUGACUACCUUCAGCGACGGCGGAGAGUGUGAGUACGGUUACGCUAAUCUCGACGUUGUAGAAUAUGAAGUCUGCUACGAGGACAUUGGAAACAACGGCCUGAGAGUCGCGGCGUUGUGUUUCGAUCUAGACGGCAUAAUUUCCACCGGUGGCUAUUGUGUGUCCCCCGAGGUCGCCGAUAAUGACUGGAUACUGGAGGUAUUUUACGACUGA